UGUGUUCUUAGGGUGUGCAGUCAGGGUUUACCUUAUUCUUUUGAGUCGUCCCUUUUAGUCGAAACCCUAGCUUCCUUUCUCCUCUUACUCCUAUCGCGCCUCAAGACAUAGUUGGAAUUCCGAGGGAUUGUGAAAAUGGUGGAGAAAACAAGGGGCAGAAAGGAAGAAGUCGUUACUAGGGAGUACACAAUCAACCUUCACAAGCGCUUACAUGGCUGCACUUUCAAGAAGAUGGCCCCCAAGGCCAUAAAAGAGAUUAGAAAGUUUGCACAGAAAGCUAUGGGAACAAAGGAUGUGAGAGUGGAUGUGAAGCUGAACAAACAUAUCUGGAGUAGGGGCAUUCGAAGUGUCCCAAGGAGGGUCAGGGUUCGCAUUGCUAGGAAGAGGAAUGAUGAUGAAGAUGCAAAGGAAGAGCUCUACUCGCUUGUGACUGUUGCUGAAGUUCCACCAGAAGGGCUCAAGGGACUAGAAACAAAGGUCAUCGAGGAGGGUGAUGAAUGAUCCAUCCACAUUUGUACCUGGGCCUUUUACCAUCUUAUUUGGGUAGGGGAGAAAUCACAAGAAAAAAUCGAGAAAUUUUGAUUGCUUCUAGUUCUUAUUGACAUUGCUCUGUUAUUCACAUCAAAACUAGAAUCUUACAGUGGUUGUGGUAGUACUAUUCUUCAAUGGUUUUAUGGCUCGUGGGUCAAAUAUUCUUCA